AAAGCCUCGCCCCUUCAAACGUACAGAUCGAAAGGAAAGUUGUUUUUGCUAUAAGGUGUUCUGUUUUCUUCCCUGCAAAGCGCCGUGCGCAGUGAAAAGCCUGUUAUCUGGAAUCCCGUGUGCAGUUUGAAGAAGACCCUUGUUCGAGCUGAAUGCGCAAAAAAAACAACUUUCCCCCCACUGAAACAUAAAAAAAAUGACUUUCUUUCGGCUGGAUGAUUUUUUGGCAGGAUGGAUAGGAGGUGCCUCCAGUGUGAUUAUAGGACAUCCACUUGACACCGUGAAGACGCGGUUACAAGCCGGCAAGGGCUACAAAAACGCUUUCCACUGUAUUGUCACCAUCUACAAAAAAGAAACUCUUACUGGCUUCUUCAAAGGUCUAUCUUUCCCACUGGCAAGCAUCACAGUGUAUAACUCGCUGGUGUUUGGCUUCUUCAGCAAUGCUCAGAGAUUUAUUAGCAGUCUUCGUUAUGGUGACAAAAGGCACCCAUGCAAUAUGCUUGAUCUUACUGUGGCCAGCAUGAUGACAGGCUUGGUAUCAGUGAGCCUGGGAGCACCAGUGGACCUGGUCAAAAUUAGACUUCAAAUGCAAACGCAAACCAUCCUCACACAAAAUGUAACACUUGCGGGCAAUGGAAGUGUUCAUCUUCAGAAUCAUCGAACAGAGUGCAAAGUUUACAGAGGACCUCUUCACUGCAUCAGCAGCAUCCUGCAGACUGAGGGAAUCCAUGGGCUCUACAGAGGAGCAGGAGCCAUGGUACUCCGUGAUGUACCUGGUUAUGCCCUUUACUUUGUCCCAUACACAAUCAUUUGUGGCUGGUUAAACCCUAACAGUAACAGCUCCCCUCACCCCUGCUCCAUAUGGAUUGCUGGUGGAUUAGCAGGAUCUAUUUCCUGGGUCACAGCAACGCCAGCUGAUGUGAUUAAGAGUCGGCUGCAAGCUGACACACUGCACCAAAGAAAGUAUAAAGGAGUCAUUCAUUGCAUCAUGCAAAGUUACAGGACAGAAGGACUACAUGUCUUCUUCCGUGGGGCAUCAAUAAGUGCCAUCAGAGGAUUUCCAAUGAGCGCUACAAUGUUCCUGGGUUAUGAAUUGUCUCUCAAGUUUUUCCGAAGCCCGUGAUGUGUCCAAGAUUCCACCUAACACAACAGAUUUUUUUUUGUAAUGUUGAAAAAGUUGGAUUAAGAUUUCAUUGUGCAACUAUUAAGUUUAAUGGACUAAAUAUGGGUAACUUGGUUGUCGAUACCUUGUUUUGUUAUCAAUGACAUUUUUACUUACUUCUUAUAUUAAGAGAAGAAAUAUAGUAUAAGAAUUGCACAUGAUUUUAGAAAUCCUUUUACCAGAGCAUUUUAAUAUAUGUAUAUUUAAUAACAUUGCAUUUGUUAGCAUGGUUUCUCUAUAAAGAAUUAUAAUAUUUUGUAAAAAAAAAAAAAAAAAAAAAAAAGUGGGCAAUGGUUUGUGACCUAAGAAUGUAUUUUUUUUUUAUUAUUUUUACCAUCAUAUAAUUAAUUACAAAUACAAUAGCAGAAUUCUAACUAGAGAUAAGAAAAAUAUAAAUAUAUGUGUGUGUUUGUGUGUGCGUAAUAUAACAAGAUUAAAUAUUUAGCAUUAUGAGGUAUACUUAACCAUACUAUAAUAUGUAAAAAAAAAAAAAAAAAAAAAAAGGAGCCGAUUAGAUUUAAUUCAGCUUUUUUUGUCAUUGUGCAGAGUACAGAGCAAGAAAUAUAGUUCACUUUGACUUUUAACAAGAGUGUAACAAGAUUAAUGGUUUGUCAUUACUGAUUUCUCCAAAAAUGUAUGUGUAGUAAAGCUAAUAUAAUAAAUCUACAACUCUAAAUAA